AGUGCUUCAAUAUUUUCAUUUGCAAUUCAAGUGUUUCGCUUUUUAUUUUUAAUUUUUUUGUCGUCCUAAUAGCUAUGAGUGCUAGUUUCUUGCUUAAUUCAGGUCAUCGUAUACCACUUGUUGGAUUUGGAACAUUUCAAAUACGAAGUCGUGAAUUGAUAUUCAGUGUCUUAGAACACGCACUUGCUGCUGGUUACAGACAUAUCGACACAGCAGUUGUCUACAGGAACGAAGAGCAUAUCGGAGAAGCACUGAAGACACUUUUGCCUAAAUUCAAUCUACAACGCGAAGAUAUUUUCAUUACAUCAAAGUUAAUUCCAUCGUUGAAUCAAACUGAAGAAGACGUUGUUUCUUUGGUAAAGCAGAGUCUAAAGAACCUCCAAACAGAUUAUAUCGAUUUGUACCUGAUCCAUUGGCCAGGAGUAUCGGGAUUGCAAUCAGAACACAAGGACAACUCAAAAUAUCGGAACAAUACCUGGGCGACGUUAAUUAAACUUCAUCAAAGUGGAUUAAUUAGGUCAAUUGGUGUUUCCAACUAUCUCAUUCGACAUCUCGAAGAGUUAAAAGCAAGUCACAGUGUGAUUCCAUCAGUUAAUCAAGUUGAGUGGCAUCCACAUUGUCAUGAUCUUGAUCUACUAAAAUAUUGUCGUGACAACGGAAUUUUCUUGCAAGCUUACUCGUCGCUUGGCUCGAGUAACGUUGAUUCGCUACGUCACGAUCCAACAAUAAUAAAAGUUGCUCAAGCACUCGGUAAAUCACCAGCACAAAUAUUAUUGCGGUGGGCUUUGCAACAGAACAUUGGAAUCUUGCCAAAAGCUUCUUCAAAAUCUCGCAUUGUUGAGAAUAUCAAUUUGGAUUUUGUACUACCGGAUGAUGUUAUGAACACAUUGACUACGCUUCAAGUCAAAAGAAAGUACGCGUGGGAUCCGAAAAUUGUUCAUUGAA